UUAAAGUCACCUUUUUGGGGAUUUAUAUUGGACAUGAUAUAUGUUGAUAACUAGAUAACUAGGGAAACUCUAUCAGAUAAAGCUUGAUAUGCUUGAAGAUCAUUUUUUUAAUGCUUUAGUGCUUCUCUGUUUAAUCAGACCCUGUAAGGACAGUUCCAUGAUUGCAGAGUGCAGGUCCAAGGUUUAUGCAGUGAUAAUACAUGUGCUUAGCAGCUUUUUAAAUCCUGGAGGACAUUCUGCUCAGGCUCACUGCAGAGAGACACUUGUGUGAGUGAAGCAUACACAGCGGUUUGCAGGAUGGCCCAGACAGACAGCAAGGUACUGGUUUUGGGAGCGUUAGCUGGAGUGGCUGGUGUCAGCUUGGCUGUGGUGUGUUACCAAAGUUUUAGGUCUCGGCGAAGAGGCUCGUGCCCGGGGUUCCAACUUCACCGCACUAAUGAGCAAGGGUAUGGUCUCACGCUGGUGGAUGGUCCUGGUCUGCCCAGCGGUCAGGCCGAAGUGCUGGAUCGCCUUGAAGCCUUGAUUCAGUGUGUGUCGGAGCUGAAGGAUGAAAUGAAGGCGUUGAAGAACGCUCUGCCAUCGCUGCAAGACCAGGUCAGAGAGGAGUUCAGGGGACGUGAAGAGGCGCGGCGAACUGGCUCUCUGCACAGGACUACGCCAACACGAAGGAAAAGAACUGCAGCCACUGUCGCUGAGGCCAGAGCUACAGGCCGGAGCUCAGAGGAAGCAGAGAGUGAAGGAGGGUACAUGACUGCGCUGACAGACUCAGAGGAGGAUGAGCUAAGUGAUGCAGAAGAGAGGGAUCAAGAGCAUCCCGUGGACAAGUUGUCUCUCCUCAUUGAGCAGAUUGACCGUUUGCAUCAGGGCUGUGACUCUGACAAACGGGAAAGUCUUAAUAUCCUUUUGGAACAAAGAGAAGAGUUUGGACAAAACUCAACGUUUCUUUGGCGGCUAACCCGAGCUUACUGUGACGUUCAUGACAUCAGCUUGACUCUGGAGGAGAAGAAGACCUACGCAGAGACUGGGAAGAAAGUUGGCGAGGAAGCAGUGAGCUUUAAUCCUACAUGUGCUGAAAGUCAUCAGUGGUAUGCCAUCAUGUGUGGAAUUAUGGCCGAAUAUGACACCAUCCAAAACAAGAUAAAGAACGGAUACGUCUUUAAGGAUCAUCUGGAUAAAGCCAUUGAGCUGAAGCCACAGGAUCCGCUGUCCUACUACCUUCUGGGCCGCUGGUGCUACGCUGUGUCUCAGUUAUCGUGGAUUGAGAGGAAAGUUGCUUCAACUCUGUUUGGAGAACCGCCAAGCGCGACAGUUGAAGACGCACUGAAGAAUUUCCUUAAGGUUGAGGAGCUCCAUCCAGCUUAUUCUAAACUCAACUAUGUGUUUCUGGCUAAGUGCUACAAAGACUUGGGCCAGUGCGAAAAGGCUAAGAAGAUGUGUCAAGCUGCUUGUUCAAUGAGUGCUGAAUCCAAAGAGAAUGAAGAGGCACAAAAGGAGCUGAGUUUACUGUGCCCAGCACUUGGAGUGUGACAGCAGAGGAAAGGUUUUUGGGAAUCAGUUUGCGAGUACUGCAGCUGCAUGUGAUAGACCAUCGUGUUUUUUCACUCUGUGAGUGUAGAUAGCGCCCGUGGGUGCAAAAGGCUACCGCAUCCAGAUCAUCUGUUGUACCUUUCCAGUCAUAUUUGUAUUAUGAUAUUUUUAAAAGUAGAAACCAAUCAUCAUAAAGGAUUCCAGCUAAAUGAGUGAGCUAAACUAGUUUUCUUCAGUUUAUAGCAGUGCGUAGCAGACAUUCUCUGAGGUCUGAUUGCUCUGAUAGGAAACUUAAUUCCAGUGUGUCUCAGGUUGAUAACACAGACCUGUAGCCUUUUGGGAAAGUGACAAACAGGAUUUGUUGUUCCGUCCUAUCAGAUCAGACAAUGACGCACGCAAACAUUUUGCAUUGCCGUGACCACUGAACGGCCACCACCACCCUCCCGAUACAAACCAGCAAUAAUAGUCUCUUUUAACAUUCACAUGCAGACUUUACGAGAUGAUUUUCUCACAGAUAUAUUCUCUGAUCAUGACUCGAACUCGUUUACCUCCUGCUCCUCAGUUUCUGUGACAGCAGAACCACCAAAUGAAGUGUAGUAUUGGACAGUAGUACGUUCUGUGUGUACACUACACACCUGAAGUCCUAUAUUUAAUGUGCCCUUUUGCAUGUUUGCCAGAUCAUGGAAAAAAUGACACCAUAAAUGAUGUCAGUGACUUCCUCUUAAUAGAUUCAAAGAGCACCUGUACAGGAACACAACAGGUUCUUUUUGAACAGAAGCGCCUUUUACUCCAGAGUUCCUAUUCCUGGAAGGUUUCCUCCUCUUAUAGGUCACCAAGAACAUUUGAUUUUCCACGCUUUCAUUUUUUUAACCUUUGAAAUUGAGCUCUGAUGCACUCACACGUGAUUGGUUUGAAACAUAUUAGGAAUUUUUCUGAGACAGAAUUUUUUUUGGGGGGGGAGAGCUAUGUAACAUGUACCACAUGAAUCAGGAAACCGAGGUAAAAAGGUGUUUGAUGUAUAUAGAGAGAUGUCAUUAUACUGCAUAUAUAGUAAAAAACAAAUGAAUCUGGUGUUCAUGUAAAAAGAGUCACUGACAGGAAAUCUGAGGGCAUGUUUUGUGUUUUGUGUUUUUUUUUGGUUUUUUUGCCAUCAAAAACACAAAAUCAACAACAACAAAAACAACAGGACUGUCUGUUAAAACCGAUCAAUAACGCCGGGUUGCAGACUCGUUGCUUUAUCGUGACACAGCGGUGAAUUCCUGGUUGCGUAAUGCCACUAAAAUGUGACCCAAUCAGAUUGAAACGAAGUUUGAAUGUUUUCUUUUAUUACUCUUUUACAUAUUCUCAGCUGUUUUUUUUUCAUUAUUAUCUCCGCUCAGUGAAGAAAAACAUGCAUAUUGAUUGAAAACGUCGGUGCUGUUGAUACUGGAAAUUAGUUUAGGGCUUUUAUUUUUUAUUUCAUUGUAUUUUUUAAGUCUACGUUCAAAAUGAAUUAUUUUGAUUUGUUGCUUUAUGGAUUUUUCUACCAACACUACGAAUGUUUUUCUUUUUUUUCUAAUGCCAUAAUGAGUUCCUCAAGGUUGUAUCGCAUCGGAUGGAGAUUAUGCAUUAUACUUGUGCUGUAUUUUAGACAGUGUGUGUUUAAUGAUUGAUGGUACUGGAAUCUACAAUUAAAUCUGUGCAAUCCUGA